AUGUCUAAAGAUCCGAACGAUAGACCUAGCGACGCCCUACUUGGGGUCUUAGUCACCGUUCUUUCCGUCCUUGUUUUUGGCCUCCUAACACUAGUAACAUAUCUUUAUCUUCAAUUACGAAAGAUCCACCAAAAAUACAAGGAACUUCUUAAGGAAUCCGGUACCACCUCCUCACUCUGUCAACGAAUCCGCGAACAACGGAAAUCAGCAAUCUUGCAUAUAGUUACAAAUAGUGAUCUGGAACAACAACGGGAUCAAUACAUUAGCUCGCCAAUUUCUCAGCACUCAGAUUACUCCCUGAAUAUGCCAGAAUGUAGCAGAACGAAAUUUUCUCCUAAGGAUAUCGAGUCCAUAGAGCCUAAUUCGCCUGAGAGAGAACCUUGGGGCAUUCGAAAAGUACGAUCAAUAGAGAGGUUAACAGGACUUACGAAAGAGCUCUCUAUAAAGUCAGACCACCGAAAUCACCUUUCAGAUCAAACUUCCGCAGCAGGAGACCAAAAUCCAUUCUCCGAACAAGAAGAAAUCUUUGAAUAUGAUGUCACAGGGGUGAACCCAAUCGAUUCUAACUUUACCUUAGGCGGCGAAAUGGAAAGGGGGCACGCCUUUGAAGUUCAAUUUCCGACAGUCAAGUCUCCAGAAACGAUGGAGUUAGAUAGUUUCCAUGAGCAGAUCGAUUGGAACGGAAACAAAGCCCAGUCAUGCGAUCCGAAUCUACUCGCCGUCCCCCAGCCAAAUUGUUUCACACGAACUCAAUAUUCAAUAUCAGCAAUCAAAACCAUAUCUGCGCCGAUUCACAGAUUUGAAUGUGAAUCGAAUAUACCACCCCAUGCCCGGUCGCCAGCCCCUCAAGGAUUAUAUGAGGUUCCGUUGAAAGGUACAAGCGAGGCUUAUAUGACAAAUAUGGAUCUCCAUGACCACGAAAUAACAGGAAUCGGCAGCCUCGAGCACUACGACAAAGAAGAAGUCCCUCGCCCUUUCCUUGAGCGCUCAUUUAGCCUGAACCUCGCAUACCCAGACCCAGCAGAGGAAGCAAUAACCAAAAAUCGGAAUUCGCCAGGAACAAAACUUAAACUUUACCUCAAAAAUGCACGUAGCCAUCGAAAAUCCGUUGGAAGCACCCAGGGAAAAUCUACACCUCCCUCAAGGUCUCCAGAGGGGACAAUCUCCAGGGCUAAACGUGAUCUUUUCAGGCUACCCAAAUCUAGUCGUGAGGAGAGUACACCGCCGCCCUCCAAUAAGGAGGGAACACUUGAUAAUAAUUAA